UCUUUCCAAUAGAGGUUGCAUACAAUACAAAAACCCCAAGCGCCUAGGGUUUAAGCGACCACACCUAAACUACCCCAAAUCCUCCCUUUGAUUUCGGAGCUACCUACUUUUCGUUUCGAUUUCGUGCUGAAAGUUGAUUACAAUGGCUACCCAACAAGAAAACGUGUUGAGUGUCGACCCGAUUCCUAUUGGGGUCGAGACACCAGUGGCUUCGCAACAGGAGAAUCGGUUGGAUAUUGACCCGAAUCCAGUUGGGGUGGAGACCCAGGAAGCGCAGACAGAAAAGUUUGCGACUUUGGGUUGUGUUGCUCCUAUUGAGGAAGGAGUGGAGAAGAUCAAUUUGUUGGAUUCCUCUCUUUCUUUUUCGAUUGAGGAGAACGGUGAUAAGGAUGACAGCGGAAGUGAUAGUGAUAGUGAAAGCGGAAGUGAUAGUGAUAGUGAAAGCGGAAGUGAGAGCGAAAGCGGAAGUGAAAAUUCAGGGUCUGAAAGUUCUGAUUCUGGUAGUGAAAGCAGUAGUAGUAGCGGCAGUAGUACUAGUGAUAGCGAAGAGGAGAGUGACGAUGGCGACGACGAUGAUGACAACGAGGUACAAGUUGAAGAAGGCGAUAUUAGUUCUGAUGAAGAAAAGGUAGCUAGUUGGAGCAUGGUUGAUGAUGAUGCCGAUCAUGAUGAUGAAGAGGGUGAUGCUGGAGUUGGACCCAUCAGGUCAAAGAACGAGCUUCAGAAUCUGCCCGCUGUUCCUCCUGUCAAUGCUGCUUUGGAACCACACCAUCAAACGUUGCCAGUGGGAAUCAUUACUUCUAUUCUUGGUGCUCAAGUCAUUGUGGAAGGAGUGGAGAAGCAUGACCCUCUUAAUGAGGGUUCUAUUCUUUGGUUGACUGAAAGUCGAAAGCCACUAGGUUUAAUUGAUGAAAUCUUUGGACCAGUCAAGAACCCUUUUUAUAUUGUGAGAUAUAAUUCUGAAAGUGAAGUUCCUGAAGGGGUCAAUGGGGGAACCUUGAUCUCGUUUGUUCCAGAAUUUGCUGAGCAUGUGCUUAAUAACAAGGAUCUUUAUAGGAAAGGAUACGAUGCAUCUGGUGCGAAUGAUGAAGAGUUAUCUGAUGAAUUGGAGUUUUCAGAUGACGAGAAAGAGGCUGAAUACAAGAGAAUGCAUAGAACUACAAAAAGAGGUGUAAAUGAUCAAAAUCAUGGCAAGAAAAAAAAUAACAGAAAGAAAUUUUCACCUAAAGAGCAUGCAGCACCAUCCAUGCCUGAUGCACCUGCCGCACCUUUGGUUAGUCAUGGAAAUUGUCUUCCUUUUCAAGGCAUUGGACAAGCUCUGUUGGGUGGAACUGCCACAGUUUCAUCAUUUCCCUACUCAAACGCAGCACCCCCCAACUUUGGUACUCGUGGAAUUUGGACACAAGGAACAUUUCCACAGCAGCCACAGAAUGCUAUGUUUCCUAAUGGUUUUCCUGCAAAUGGGGUAUCAUGGUUCCCACAAAACACUCAAAUUCCUCCACAGCUGCCAAUGCCAGGAAUUCCAUUUCAACAGCAAGUACAUGGCAAUCAGGGAUCUCUUUCCUCAACUAUGCUACCUGGGAUGCAGCCCAAUAUGUUUGCUCAAUCCAUAUAUGCAGCAGGGCUUGUUGGUCAAAACCAAAUGACAUUUGGGAUGGGAUCACCCUUCCCACAGAUUCAGCCACCAGCACAACAGGGAUUUCCAUCCAAUUCUGGCGCUCCCCCUCAGUUUCAUGCACGUCCAUCUGGUAAUCGUGGAAGAAAAACAUUCCAUGGUGCAGGAAGGAAAGGGUGGCGACCAGCCAAGUGAACUGAUAUAUUGAGUCGGGCUAUUUUCCAAGAAAUGUAUUGCAAAUGUAAAUUUCUUGUAAGCCUGUUGAAUUUUGAAAUGAAUUAGGCAAGUUCUUGAAGUAGUCGAGUUUCUAAUCUCAAAUUAAAGGCAUCCAUCAUUUGUGGUUGAAAGUUAUAUGGAUUUUGACUAGAUGGGUGCUCUUUAUUUUGUCUGUGUACUUUCCAUGGCUGAAUCAUAUGCCAAUGAAUGUUUUAUCUAACCACAUCCUAG